CGCCUGGAUCCUAGGUCGAUGCUCAGCCACUGAGCCACACCAGCUGGCAAGAGUUUGUCAGUUUUAACACUUACUAUGAAUUACUCGAUCGUGGUGUUUCCCUGGCCUUAACUUCCCGACAGUUUCUCUGACUCAUGUAUGUCGUGAGCUCCUGACGCCAACUCCUCCUGACCAGGAUGAAGACCCGGCUGUUUUCUUUUUCAUGCAGGGGUGACCUUGGGGAGCACCUCAGCACCUGCCACGCCACAGGCCGGGAUGAGGGACGAGGGAGGAGCCUAUGAAGUCGUCAGUGCCUCGCUUUUGAACGGAGACACCUGGGACCCGGCGCGGAGCGCCCGCGGAAAGAUUCACCCGGAAGAGCUGAUGUUUCGGAUGCAACUGGGGGGCCAGGAGCUGACCGUCCACCUGGAAAGAAAUGAGGGCCUCAUUGCCAGUGGUUUCACAGAAACCCACUACCUUCAGGAUGGCACUGACGUGUCCCUCACUCGGAAUCACACGGGUCACUGUUACUACCACGGGCAUGUGCAAGGGGACCCCGGCUCCAUGGUCAGCCUCAGCACUUGCUCCGGUCUCAGGGGACUUAUUGCAUUUGAAAAUAAAAGCUACAUCUUAGAGCCAAUGGAAAACGUAACUGACAGAUACAAGCUCUUCCCGGCGGAGGCCCUGAAAGGCGUCUGGGGAUCGUGUGGGUCGCGUCUCAACACCUCCAGCCCCGCAGUGGACGGUGGACUCCCGCCGCCCUCCCAGACGUGGGCGAGAAGGCGUAAGCGAGAGACCCUCAAGAUGACCAAGUACGUAGAGCUGGUUAUCGUCGCAGACAACCGAGAGUUUCAGAGGCAAGGAAAAGACCUGGAAAAAGUUAAGCAGCGAUUAAUAGAGAUCGCUAAUCACGUUGACAAGUUUUACAGGCCGCUGAACAUCCGCGUGGUGCUGGUGGGCGUGGAGGUGUGGAGCGACAUCGACAAGUGCCCCAUCAGCCAGGACCCGUUCACCAGCCUCCACGAGUUCCUGGACUGGAGGAAGAUGAAGCUUCUACCUCGCAAGUCCCACGACAACGCACAGCUGGUCAGUGGGGUUUAUUUCCAAGGGACCACCAUCGGCAUGGCGCCCAUCAUGAGCAUGUGCACUGCGGAGCAGUCUGGCGGCAUUGUCAUGGACCACUCGGACAGCCCCCUCGGCGCGGCCGUGACCCUGGCGCACGAGCUGGGCCACAACUUCGGGAUGAACCACGACACCCUGGAGAGAGGCUGCAGCUGCAGGACGGCUGCCGACACAGGAGGCUGCAUCAUGAACCCCUCGACCGGGUACCCCUUCCCCAUGGUGUUCAGCAGCUGCAGCCGCAAGGACCUGGAGGCCAGCCUGGAGAAGGGUGUGGGGAUGUGCCUCUUCAACCUGCCCGAGGUCAAGCAGGCCUUCGGAGGCCAGAAGUGCGGGAACGGAUACGUCGAGGAAGGAGAGGAGUGUGACUGCGGGGAGCCCGAGGAGUGCACGAACCUCUGCUGCAACGCCACCUCCUGCACCCUGAGGCCAGGCGCGGUCUGCGCCCACGGGCUGUGCUGCCGAGACUGCCAGCUGAAACCCGCGGGGACGGCCUGCAGGGGCGCCAGCAACGCCUGUGACCUCCCCGAGUUCUGCUCAGGCGCCAGCCCCCACUGCCCGGCCAACGUCUACCUGCACGACGGGCACCCGUGCCAGGGUGUGGACGGCUACUGCUACAACGGCAUCUGCCAGACCCACGAGCAGCAGUGCGUCACGCUCUGGGGACCAGGUGCAAAACCCGCCCCUGGGAUCUGCUUUGAGAGAGUCAACUCCGCAGGCGACCCCUACGGCAACUGCGGCAAAGACUCCAAGAGUUCCUUUGCCAAGUGCGAGAUGAGAGACGCUAAAUGUGGGAAAAUCCAGUGUCAAGGAGGCGCCAGCCGGCCAGUCAUUGGUACCAAUGCCGUUUCCAUAGAAACGAACAUCCCGCUGCAGGAAGGGGGCCGGAUUCUGUGCCGCGGGACCCACGUGUACUUGGGCGACGACAUGCCGGACCCGGGGCUGGUGCUCGCCGGCACCAAGUGCGCGGAAGGCAAAAUUUGCCUCAAUCGUCGGUGCCAGAAUAUUAGUGUCUUCGGUGUCCACGAGUGUGCGAAGCAAUGCCACAGCAGAGGGGUGUGUAACAACAGGAAGAAUUGCCACUGCGAGGCCCACUGGGCACCCCCCUUCUGUGACAAGUUUGGCUUCGGAGGGAGCACAGACAGCGGCCCCAUCCGGCAAGCAGAGAACCAAGGUUUAACCAUAGGCAUCCUGGCAGCCAUCCUGUGUCUCCUCAUGGCCGGGUUCGCGGUUUAUCUCAAAAGGAGAACGCUGAUCCAACUGCUGUUUACAGACAAGAAAACCACCAUCGAGAAGCUAAGGUGUGUGCGCCCGGCCCGGCCCGCCGGCGACCUUCACCGUUCCGUGUCCGUGGGGAUUUUGUACACUUGUAAGACCCGUGCGUCAUGGCUUUUUGCUCUGACCCCGCAGGACAACCCCAAGAGGCUGCCACAGUGCCAGGACGUUGACAUCAGCAGGCCCCUCAAGGCCCUGGACCUCCCUCGGCCCAGUUCGCCGCAGCGAGUGCUCCCGACCCUCCACCAGGCUCCCCGCGCGCCCAGCGUCCCCGCCAGGCCUCUGCCAGCCGACCCCGCGCCUCGGCAGGCCCAGGGACCUCGGAAGCCCAGCCCCCCUCAGAAGCCCCUGCCUGCAGUGCCCGUGAGCAAGGCCGCCCGGCUCGCCCACGCCUCCGCCUCCGCCAGCACCCCCGGACAGCGGGAGUCAGCGCUCCGCCUGGCACCCCUCAGACCAGCUCCCCAGCGUCCACUCCACGUGCCCAGACCCGCCCAUGCCGCCCACGCUAAGUGAGAAGCCAACUGCCACUUUUCAACA